UUGAGUAACGAAAGUCGUUUCCGGUCCGACGGAGCAGAGUGUCCGGCGCGGGCGUGGUGCUCGCAGCCGGCGGGCGGGCCGCGGGGAGCCGCCGACCCCGCCGGGGAGCUUAGCGCCGCCGACAUGGACGCGCUGCUCAGCCACUCGCAGCCGGCGCAGGCCGACGACCUGCUGCCCUGCUCCCCGGCCGAGCCCGCCGCGCGCCGCCAGCUACCGCCGCUGCAGCGCCUCGUGCACCGCAUGAGCCGCGUGUGGCUGCGCGUGGACGAGCCCGCCGCCCUGCGCGCGCUGGCCGCCGCCCUGGACGAGCGCCGCUACCCGUGGCGCCUCUUGCAGCCGCGCAUCCUCGCCGUGGAGUGCGGCGGGGACGUGCGCAUGCGCGCCUGGGUGCUGCCGCUGGGCGGCGCGGGCGAGGCGCGCUCCGUGGUGGAGUUCCGUCGCUCGCGCGGCUGCGGGCUGGCCUUCAAGCGCCGCUUCCUGGAGCUGCGCGCGGCGCUGGACCCGCUGGCCGCCUGCGCCCCGCCUCACGCCGCCGUGCUCGAGGCGCCGCUGCACGCGCUGGCUCCCCCCGCCGAGCCGAUGGACACAUAG